GUAGUACAGUUGUAUACACAUUUACUAGGUACUAUCAAUCAAAAAGUGAAAAAUGAAGCCAGUUACUCCUUUAGUAGUCUUCUCACUUUUGCUGUGCAUUCAGUUGAUCAAUGGACAGUCAUUCCACACAUUAGUGGAGAAACUUGAAGAAAACGCGAAAGCAACAAAACAAAAAAUAAAACAGGAUUUGUCUUUCAUUUUAAAUAUUUCACCCAAUUAUUUUAACAUUUGGACGUCAUUCACUGAAGCUGUGCCGACAUUCUUAGCGUUGGACGUAAUGGAAAACAUGUUAGUAAAAGUGCCAGAGGAUAUGCUUAGUGGGGAAUAUUACGCGAAAGACGUUUUGCGAUAUCAAAUUUCUGGAGUUAUAGUUCAGCAAUCACAAGAAAUAGCAACUUUAUAUAAUGAGAUUUGUACAGCAUUUGGGUAUGACUUAACACAGGCUAAAAAAUCGAAAUUCGCUGAAUAUUAUUGGGCAUGGUAUCAGAAUAUACCGAACAAGAACGAUGUGAAACGGAUCAAAAAUGGAAUUGAUGCAAUGUCAUCCGAUCACGACACAGUACUUGCACAAUUCAAUGGAAGAAUGGAAAAAAUCGAUUAUUUAAGAAAUCUUAUAAGCACAUGCAGUAGUCUAGUCAACAGUAAUUUAAGGAAACUCAUUACGUCGAAGAAACGUGAUUCGAUGAUAAAAUAUAGUCAAGAAAUUGUAGAUGCUACACUCAAAGCAUCAUCCGUUCAGCCUAAGUUGAUCAAAAGGCUUACAGAAGUGAAAAAGAUUUUAAUGAAUUAUAACAAAAGACGCACCCGGUGGGCUGAAUAUAUUAUCGAUAUGCGUGAGAGUCCGCUACCAGCUCGCGGGGAACAAUCAGACCCAACUGAUGAGUUAGAUUUUGGAAAUCUCAAUUUGGAAGACGGAAACAGCAGUUCAAGAAGAUAAGACAUUGUACUCAAAUGUAAUUAAUGGCAGGGAAAUAAUUGCGGAGUAUUGAAGUAAUUUUGAGUAUACCUUUUGUUUAUAACUUACCUUAUGUACUACUUAAACAUCGAUUCAUUUAUAAAAUCCAAGAUGAAUUGUGUAAAAUUUUCACUGUAAAUAAUGUACAUUGCACUUUGCAAAAUAAAUAUUUAAAAAUGUUCGA